AUGGAAACUAUAAAACCUAAUGCUGCAUUCUUGUGCAACAAUGAAGUGAUGCUAGUAUUGCAAAAACUCAAAGACAACACACAGAAAAAACAUAAACGUGAAGGGUCCUUGGCUACUGUUACUUAUGAGACUGUCCAUUAUCUUCAAGAUACAGUGUGUAAAAAUCAAAGCGCUCAAUCAAUACAGAAAUUCCUAGAUGCUAUGAAACAGUUUAAGUUGACUAAGACAGAGAAGUUGAUGAUGGUUAACACGCCGCCUAGAACUGAAUUGGAGAUUCAACUGAUUGUUCAAGAGAGUGAGGAGCGGUUGUCAGAAGAUGAUGUCCGCAAUAUCAUAACCCUCGUCAAUGAAAUCUUCCCACCGACGGACUCCACAUGA